CCACAGGCGCAUCCAGUUUCCGGCACGAAAAACCCCCCACCUCCGCCUCUGGAUCAACUAUUGUCCGUUCCACAGACACAACGAAUUGGCACAGAGGAAUCAAUUUUUAGUACUGUUAGUCUAGACCUUGAGUUGACAGACACUGCAGAGACGGUGGAUAAGGGGCAAUCGACGAUCAUUCGACCGGUGCGACGAAAAGCCUGCUUUGUGGGGAAAUAUAUUUCUAGGCGCUGUCCAAGAAAUGGCCACUCCCUUGCCUCUCCAGCAUAUGCUAUGACAACAACCAAGGUCCGCAGCUCAUUUGCCAAUUUGGUCAAGCAUUCAACUGAGAAGCUUCCUCAAACACUUGACGCUUGACGCGUUGCUACAACGUGGAUGCUUGACCUGCUGAGUGCUUUGGCAGUGGCACGUGUGACCGGAAGGAGCGGCCGCCAUUAGUAGCGACUGGCGGCACAAGGUCACGUGGACCAGCAAAGAUGCUAAGUUUCUGUUUUGCAACUUGCCAGUCAACUACCACAACAUCCCCAGUUUCUUCUCUUACCAAGUACUGCCUCUGAGAUGGGAUUCUGUCCUCCAUUCAUUCAAGGCCCAUAGUUCUCUGAAGUCAUCUCCGAAAUGGAAGAAUGCCCAGUUUCGGACCCCCGGACGGGCCCCGAACCCGAUCGGAAAAAUCCCGUCUCUAUAGACUAUACAACGACCGAUGGCCAUUCUUAAAAAGGACAACUGCCCGCUUCACGGCUUUGAGCAAGUCUGAACAGAAUACGACAAGAAUCUAUUCAUCCAUUCCAGAUUCACACGCAGCAAAAUGGGCUCCCUCGGACCUCAAGUCACAGUCAACUCGCCCUUCCGCGCCCGCGUCACAUCUGGCCAAGUCACGCCGCUCAUGUCCUUCAAAUUCUGGACAGGCAACGAGGCCGCGCUGAUGGCACGCAUGGCCGGUUUCGAAGCGGCAUUCAUCGACAUGGAGCACUCGGCUCUUUCCAUCGAGUCCGUCGCGCAGUUUGUCAUCGCGUGCAACAUGGCCGGUGUUUCGCCCGUCGUCCGUUCCCCGUCCAAGUCACACUGGCAUAUCAGUCGGAUUCUCGAUGCUGGUGCUGCCGCCGUUGUUAUCCCGCAUGUUGACUCUGUCGCGGAAGUUCGGGAGCUUGUCAAGCAUGCCAAGUACGGUCCGCUUGGGACUCGUGGGUCUGCGAAUAACCAGCCGAUUCUCAAUUAUGCAUCUGUGCCGACGUUCGUGCAGACCGAUGUAUUGAAUCGCGAGACGAUGCUGAUCCCGAUGGUCGAGACGCCGGCUGCCGUCGAGUUAGUGGAGGAGUACCUAGCUGUGGAUGGGGUCGAUGGGAUCCUGAUCGGAUCGAACGAUCUCUGCACCGACCUGGGCAUUCCUGGCAAGUACGACGACCCGGUCUAUCAACAAGCUGUGGAAAAGGUCAUCGCUGCGGGCAACAAGUACGGCAAGCCGAUCGGCAUCGGCGGGAUCGGAGGGCGCCUGGAUCUACUGGAGAAGUGGUUCGCAAUGGGCGCGACAUGGUCGCUCAGCGCUGGAGACGGCGCGAUCCUACAGGCCGGGAUGAAGGACGUUACGCGCAAGUACACGGAGAUCAGCGCCCGGGUGGAAAAGCAGCGAUCGAUGGCUUAG